AUUCGCAAGCCUCCUCUACGACUGAGAUUUGAAGCAUACCAUAAUACUUGUUUCCGAGCCAUGUCGGGGGCAGCGGCCGCAACUCGCCUGUUUGCAUUUCUAAACCUACUCUUACUACUUUCAAAAGCAGCUCUCCCUUACCCUGUAAGUGCUGUUCCAUGUUCCGACGUUGUGACUAAGGUAAUUCCAUGCCUGGAUUACGUAGCUGGCAAAUCAAACGAUCCUUCCAAGCCUUGUUGUGGUGGAGUAAAGCAACUCUGGGACCUCACUAAAACCAAACCUGAUAAGCAAGCUGUGUGCGAGUGCCUUAAGAAACAAUUGUCGCCUAUAAAAUAUGACCCGAAUCGCAUCGCUCAACUUCCCAAGAAAUGUGGCUUGUCCUUUACUCUUCCCCCGAUUACUCCUAAAUACGACUGCACCACGGUUGUUUAAGCCUCAGGUUCUGUUGCCUGACGGGGAGCCACUAAAGUUGCUGCAGAGUAAUAAAUGGCAGAAUGAACGAAGCAUAUGCCAGCUUUAUAUAUGUUUGUCCUAAAAGAAAAUCUCAACUUUCAUACUGUAAUAAUAUCCUCAGUGUUCGGGGUUAUCAUUCAAGAUAAAUAAAUUUGUAAACUUAGUUAAUUUCAUAUGUAAUACAACUCUCCCCUUCAUAAUUUAAUGCCAAUAAUUAAGUGGAAUUCUGAA